AUGCAAGCCAGCCCCAUCUGCAUUCCAACUGUCAGCAGUGACAUCGACUGGGAUUUCUGCUUCCACCUGUCUCAGCAAGCCAAGAUCCCAGCAUACCAGCGAAGAGAAGAAUUGUGUUCCUCUAGUGGGUCUGGAGAGAGUGAAGAAGACACUACAGCCAAGGAGGAGAAGACCACAGUCUGCGUGUCUCUUCCUAAAGAGAAAUUGGCCCAAUCCCAGAAGAAAAUAGCUCAGCUGAUUAAGAAAAAAAUGAAUACCCAAGCAAACAAGGAGCUGAUUCGCUGUGUCAUCCUUUCUCGGAUUAUUUUUGGGGAAGAACACUGGAAAUGUGCACAGGCUGCGGCCAGCCUGGCUUACGGCUACCUGACACUGAGAGGCCUCCCGGCUCAGGCCAAGAAACAUGCUGAGUCUGCCAAGAACACGCUGCUGACCUGGAAGGGAAGCAGGACCUCAAACAAAGAGAAGAAGGAAAUCCUGGAAGCCCUGGUCAUGCUGUACUACACCCUGGGGGUGGCCUGGCUCCUACAGAACCGUGGCAGAGAGGCUUAUUUCAACCUGCAGAAGGCAGAGAGAAACAUGAAGGAGCUGAAAGAAUUAUUUAAGGGAAGUGUUCGCAAAUCCCAAGUCUCGGAGAAAGACCUGACCAUUGCUUUGGGCAGGGCCUCCUUGGCUAUCCACAGAUUGAACCUCGCUCUGGCAUACUUUGAAAAGGCAAUUGGCGAUGUUAUUGCUGCUAAGGGUGAUAAGACUUUGGAUCUGGUCAGUCUAUAUGAGGAAAUUGCUCAGAUUGAGCAGCUGAGAAGGAACCAUGAUGGGGCCAUCCAGUACUUGCAGCAGGCCUAUUCUAUCUGUGUUUCUUUGUUCACCGAAGUCAGCCCCCAAACUGCAGAGGCAAGCGCAUUACUAGCCAAGGCUCAUGCCAUGUCUGGAGAGGCCCAACACAGGGAUGCUGUUGAGAUAUAUUUUAUAAAAAGUAUCAAUGCGUAUCAAGCAACAUUGGGCCCAACAGGUUAUGAAACACUGACGACCAUUGAAGAAUUCUGCAAAUGGCUUGUCCAAAAUGGGGAAAAACAGUGUCUGAUGAUUCAAAUCCUUUUAUACGGAAGUGAGCACAGUAAAAGCAGAGACACAAGAGACCUCCUUAACCUAUUGCAGAGAUUUGAAAUCACAUUAUCUCUUGGUUUACUGAGAAGGAAGUUAAAGUGCCAGAUAGCGUUCUGUGUUUUAUGCAGUCUUCUGUUAUUAGUAAAGAGAAAACCUCCAUACAAGAUAGCCAACAAUAAAGCCAACCUGUUGAUAACAAAAAUUCUGGAUCACAAGAUAGAUUUAUCAACACUGAUAGCAAUGGCAGAUCAAAGGCAGAAUUAA